CCAGUAUAAAACAAACACGAGGUAGAACAAUUCAAGGCAAGAAUAAUUAGUAAUGGACCAGAUUGUUAUGAGGAUGAGAGAGAAGCAUUUUAUGCUGUUUGUGUUAUUUCUUUGCUUAUUAUUACCAAUCUUUACCUCAUCAUCCCCAUCUCCACCCCAUUCUUACAACCCUACCCAAAACCCGGUCGCCAAGAAGCAUUUCGUGCUGGUUCACGGAGCCGGUCACGGGGCAUGGUGUUGGUACAAGGUGGCAACUCUGCUGAAACAGUCAGGCCACAACGUUACCACUCUGGACCUUGCAGCAUCUGGAAUCGACCCAACUCAGAUACAACAAGUUCGUUCUUUCGCGGUUUACGUUGAACCGUUGACGAAUUUCGUGGAGUCUCUCCCGCCAAAGGAGAGGGUUGUUCUGGUUGGCCACAGCUUGGGUGGAGUAGCCUUAUCUAUUACCAUGGAGAGGUUCCCUCAGAAAAUUUCUGUAGCAGUUUUUGCCACCGCUGCCAUGCCUGGUCCUGAUAUCAGUUUCUUGACUAUACUUCAAGAGUUUAGCAGUCAUUUGGAUUUUAUGGACUCUCAAUAUAGAUUUGAUGAUGGCGCCACCAAACCUGCAACCUCGGUACUCUUGGGGCCGAAGGUGCUAGCCUCAUCGUUCUACCAGCUAUCGCCACCAGAGGAUUUAACACUAGCGGUCACACUGGUGAGAUUUGCCCCUCUUAUUACAGAAGAACUGAAAUUCACAAAGCAUAGAUAUGGAUCGGUUCGUAAAGUAUACAUUUUGUGCGACCAAGACCAUGCAAUAAAGGUGGAUCUUGCAAUGUUGAUGAUCAACAAAAAUCCUCCGGAUGAAGUCAAAGUGAUAAAUGGUUCUGAUCACAUGGUCAUGCUCUCCAGACCAGUCGAGCUUUUCUCCAACAUCCUACAAAUUGCUGAGAAAUACUCCUAAAGGCUAGGAGAAAAAAGAAAAAGGAAGGAAAA